UAUGGUGUUUGUGAUAGAAAAAAAAAAAAACAAUUAAAAUAUAAUAAUAUAGUCAUACAAUUAAAUUGGAAACAAAAAAAAACAGGAAAAUAACAUUGAAUUGAUUUAUUGAGGAGUCGCCAUAAUGUCUCUGUAUCCAUCAUUGGAAGACAUGCAAGUUGAUAAACUUGUACAAAAUCAACGUGCCAUGGUAAACGAAGUUAUUAAAUUUUCUCAAGACUCACCAACACCGACACCAGCUGUAACUGCAACCCCAUCACCAUAUCCAGUUGCAAAUGUUCAAAAUGGAUCAGUUGUUUAUCCAGCUUUAGGCAAUUUCCUCGGUCUAGAAUUGUCCGAUGAUAUGAUUCGACAAAAUAUGCCAGAGUAUAUGACUGAUGUACCAGAUACUGCCAUUGAACCAGCAAAAAUUCCACAAUAUCCAUCGACCAAUGGAAUUGUUGCCCCAGUUACAGGCAAUAGUCUUAUUCCUGCAGUUGCACAAGUCAAUCACAGUAUUAGAGAGUUGAUCCUGUGUAAGGAUUCGAAGGGAAAAAUUGGACUACGAGUUCAAUCCAUUGACAAUGGUGUCUUUGUGUGUAUUGUUGUUAAGAAUAGUCCAGCUGCUUUGGCUGGUUUGAGAUUUGGCGAUCAGAUUUUGCAAAUCAAUGGAACUCUUGUUUGUGGAUAUUCGGUUGAUAAGAUUCACAAGAUGCUCAAAUCAUCAGGAAGUAAUAAUAUAUCUGUUGUUGUUCGAGAUAGGCCAUUUGAGAGAACAGUUACCUUAUUAAAAGAUUCUAAAGGUAACAUGGGAAUUGUUUUCAAAAAUGGAAAAAUUACUUCCAUUGUCAAGGACUCGUCUGCAGCUAAAAACGGAGUGCUUAUAAAUCACAAUUUGCUUGAAGUUAACGGACAAACUGUGGUGGCAAUGAAAGACAAAGAAAUCACUAAGAUCAUCACCGAUGCACCUGGCAGCACCAUAAAGAUAACAAUUAUCCCAACGUUUUUGUUUGAGCAUUUGGUCAAAAAAUUAUCAACAUCAUUCCUUCGUGGUAAGAUGGAUCAUAGUAUUCCAGAAUUCUAAA